AUGGGAGGAGAAGCAGUGGGGAGCCAGCGCCGAGAAGCAGCCUAUAAUGCGGACUCUCCUCUUGGAGCCUAUAAUGCGGACUCUCUUGCAGCCUAUAAUGCGGACUCUCUUCUUGCAGCCUAUAAUGCGGACUCUCUUCUUGCAGCCUAUAAUGCGGACUCUCAUCAUGCAGCCUAUAAUGCGGACUCUCAUCAUGCAGCCUAUAAUGCGGACUCUCCUCCUGCAGCCUACAAUGCGGACUCUCCUCCUGCAGCCUAUAAUGCGGACUCUCCUCCUGCAGCCUACAAUGCGGACUCUCCUCCUGCAGCCUAUAAUGCGGACUCUCCUCUUGCAGCCUAUAAUGCGGACUCUCCUCUUGCAGCCUAUAAUGCGGACUCUCCUCUUGCAGCCUAUAAUGCGGACUCUCCUCUUGGAGCCUAUAAUGCGGACUCUCUUCUUGCAGCCUAUAAUGCGGACUCUCUUCUUGCAGCCUAUAAUGCGGACUCUCUUCUUGCAGCCUAUAAUGCGGACUCUCAUCAUGCAGCCUAUAAUGCGGACUCUCAUCAUGCAGCCUAUAAUGCGGACUCUCCUCCUGCAGCCUACAAUGCGGACUCUCCUCCUGCAGCCUACAAUGCGGACUCUCCUCCUGCAGCCUACAAUGCGGACUCUCCUCCUGCAGCCUACAAUGCGGACUCUCCUCCUGCAGCCUACAAUGCGGACUCUCCUCCUGCAGCCUACAAUGCGGACUCUCCUCCUGCAGCCUACAAUGCGGACUCUCCUCCUGCAGCCUACAAUGCGGACUCUCCUCCUGCAGCCUAUAAUGCGGACUCUCCUCUUGGAGCCUCAUUGCUCUGA